CCGGCGGCCGGCGGGACAGAAGAUAGCGAGCCGCCGCCCGGCUGCGCACAGAUGGAGCAAGCGGAGCCCGCGCCGCGCGGGCAGCACUAAGCGGCUGAACGGCCGGACCUCACAGACUCGCCAUGGAGGAGGAGAGUGUGAAGGAGGGGAGUGAGAAGCCUCGUGAAGCACGGACUGCAGACAAGGCUGGCUGGAUCAAGAAGAGCAGUGGGGGGCUCCUGGGCUUAUGGAAAGACCGCUACCUGCUCCUCUGCCAAGCCCAGCUGCUGGUCUGCGAGAACGAGGACGAGCAGAAAUGUGUAGAGACCGUGGAACUCGGAAGCUAUGAGAAGUGCCAGGACCUGCGCGCCGUCUUCAAGCGGAAGCACCGCUUUAUCCUGCUGAGAUCCCCCGGGAACAAGGUCAGUGACAUCAAAUUCCAGGCCCCCAGUGGGGAAGAAAAGGAAUCCUGGAUCAAAGCCCUCAAUGAAGGGAUCAACCGCGGGAAGAACAAGGCUUUUGAUGAGGUAAAAGUAGACAAGACCUGUGCCCUCGAGCAUGUGACACGGAACCGGGUACGUGGGGGCCAGCGGCGCCGGCCACCAACAAGAAUCCACCUAAAGGAGGUAGCCAGUGCAGCUUCUGAUGGGCUUUCGCGCCUGGACCUUGAUGUCCCAGACAGUGGACCACCAGUGUUUGCUCCUGUCGAUGAAGCCAGUGAAACCGAGCCCCAGGAGCCACCUCGGGCUCUCAUGCCUCCCGUCAAGCCUUCCCCAGGACCAGAGCCUUCCAGCGCUGCUGCUGAUGACACCGUGGAGACUCCUGCUGGAGAGAGAGCCCCAACUCCUGUGUCAGCCAGCCCCGAGGCCAAUCCUGAGAGUCAAGACCGUGCAGAGACUCCAGCCGAGGGGGACAGUGGCUUGAAGAGGCUCCCCAACAGCACAUUGUCAGAGAAACUGAAGGUGAGCUGGGAGAACCCCAGCCCAGAGGAGCCUUCUGCUCUGGAGAGUGCACAGCUGCCCAAGGUGCCCUCUUCAGAGACUCCAGAGGCUGCCCCCAGGGAGACCAAAAAGCCCCCUGCACCGCCUCCCAAGAUCCUGUCAGAGAAGAUGAAGGCCUGCAUAAGUGGGGUGGAUGCUUCUGGUCCAUCCCAGAGUUCUGAGGCUCCUGAGACCACUGCCCCAGGCCCAACACAGGUCUCUGUGAAUGGCCUGGAUGACAAUCCUGAGUCUGCCAUACCAUCCGAGGCCACGGGCACCCCUGGAACUGCCCCAGAGGGUGCAGCAGCAUCCCCAGCACGACCCUCCUGGGACUUGCCAUCACAGUUUCAUCCUCGCUCCUCGUCCCUCGGGGACCUACUCAGAGACGGACCUCAGCACCCACAGCUGCCCAAGGAAAAGUUGUACCGGGCCCAGCUGGAAGUGAAGGUGGCCUCGAGACAGACCGAGCAGUUGUUGAACCAGGUGCUGGGCAGCGAAGCACAGCCUGUGUGUGCGGAGUCAUUGCUCAGCCAGGCUGUGGAGCAGCUGAGGCAGGCCACCCAGGUCCUGCAGGAAAUGAGGGACUUGGGAGAGCUGAACCAGGAAACGCCUGGGCUAGUGCAGAAACGGAAGGAGCUGGUGACCCUCUACAGGAGAAGUGCACCCUAGGUGCCAAGCCCGAGGCACAAACCCACCUACCCCCGAGUCACUGCCCAGCCUUACUAAGAAAUGAGCUACAGCUCAGGCUGUAGACGCACCAUUGGGGACAUCAAGUUUGGCCAGGACUUGAAGCUCCUGAUGUCCUUUCUACCCUACCCUGACUAGUGGUCCAGGUCUCACCUAGGGCUACCUGUCUGGCUCCCUGUUCUGGCCUCUUCCAGGCUCUGGGCUUGGGAUGGGGCACAUACUCUUGUGGUCUGUGUGGUUGUUGCAAACCGCCGCAGGGCUUUGGCACUGUGCUUGGAGUUUCCCGGAUGGUGUCAUCUCUGUUCUCACCCCCAAUAGUUUACAUUCCUAACUUCUGUGUAGAGGAGCACAGCUGAGCUGCCUGAGGCUCCCAUCUCCUGGUCAGCAGGCAGUUUCCAACCAGCCACACCCACUUGUUAUGGGUAGCUAUAGGGGCCUUGGGUCCAGGCUGUAGGGUCAUCCAUCCAUCAGCUGAGGGAAAUCUGGCCCUUAGCUAGAGCCUAAAGAUGGGUAAGCGUCUGGGUGAAGGAGCCGUUUGCUCUGUGGCGUUUCCCUUUCUGCAAACUGCAGAUCUUCUCUCUUUGGAGAGCUGUGAUUAGAUGAUCAGGCUUUCAGGGGAGAAGAGGAUCUCCGGCCUCCUGGAGCGGCCUCUGCUCGCAGGCCAGCUUCUGUCCAUCUUUGCACAUUCCUGAAGAUGAAAACCCGAGAGUGGCCUGUGUUACCAUCUGAAAAACCUGUAUGUAAUUAUCAUUAAUCAACCUUUAGAGGCCUCUGCCCCCACCCCCACCUCCUGUGCCUCCCAGAUGGGAUUUAUCUGGGUCUCUAUGAUUGGACCGCUGACACCCACCCCCUUCCCUUCACAUGCUCGAGUCUGUGACUAAACCCACCUAUCAGGCCCCUGGUGGGCGGCCCCUCCUUAGCUUCCUAAUGAGAGGAGUGUCUUCUCCCUCCCCUUCACCCUCCCUCCCCCAUUGCCUCUGGCUGGGGGGGGGGCCUGCUCUGGAGACUCUAACCCACUGCAGCAGCGGCCAGCAGGACUGAGGCUGGAGCCUGGGCUGGGGGCACCGGGGGAGGGGGCCCUCACAUAGGCUCUGCCCUGAGGAUUCUGCAUGUGCACUUUUGUUUACUGGAAGAGAAAGGAGGGGUCCCAGCAGCCAGUGGCCUCUCCACUCACUCACCCUGCUCCUGGCCCGCCCGCCAGAUGUGCCCACCAAGGCCUGCAGGUUGGUGCCUUCAUUCCUGAACUGUCACUUUCUUGCUGUGGGGAGUAGACAGUGGCAGAGUGAACAGCAGUGUCUGGCUUGUGAGCCCCCCCCCCCCCCCCACUGUCAGCUUCAGACCACACUCCUUGGGCUCCUAGGCCAGCCUGCCUUUCCCUCUGUUUCCCCUUAUGAGAGCAAGAACGUCCUCAGGUGUCCAGUCCUGAUCCCCUGCCACCUUCCCCUGGGAACAAUCAUCCUCUGCAGCAGCCAGGGCUGCUGGACUUCCGCCAAGGCCCCUGCUUCCGGGAGUUAGAGCCCCAGUCUGUGCUGUCAAGUGACUAGUUGGGCAAGUAGUCUUGGGGCUACCAUCUUAACGGCCAAAUGCCGUCGGUUCUCAUGCUGGAGCGGCAGGUUGGGGAUGGGGACCGCACAGGACUGCCUCCCUGUCACCAUGGAAGGAGGCAUCCAGCGUCUUCUGCUUAUGAACCAUCUUUCUUGAAAUUUGGCAAUAAAUCUCAUUUUAUGGAA